GCCCACAUUUAUCAUCAGUUGGAUCUCACGUAGUCAUCCCCGCUGAAAUAACUCAACCAGAACCUUCAAAUUGGUUAACAGAUAACCAAUGGGACAAAAUUGAUAUGAGUCUAAAAUUCAUAGUGAAGGAGUAUUAUUCCAAUAAAGGAAUAGAUGGGGUUGUACAAGUUCCCGUUGACCCGGAGUUUAUAGGAGAACGCGAGGCUAUCUUCAUCACUUCGGAAGACGUUUAUCAAGCAGCCUCCAUGGAUAAUAUUGGAUCCUCAGCUAUGCUGUUUGGUAUGAGAUGCAUUUGGGAAAGCAUGCACCCAAAUUCACGACAAUUAUAUAAAUUUUUUGACACCGAACAUCUUUCUAUUGGCAAUGAUGAAAGUAAAAACUAUACGGUGGAUCUUAUAGCCAAAUGGAUGAUGACUAUGGAUAGACGAGGCCAAAUAUAUUUCAUUCCUUGGAUUGUUGAUCGACAUUGGAUGUUGGUGCUCGUGAUGAUGCGGGGGAUGACCAUAAUUUUGGACCCUUUAAAAAAUCAUAAAUCUCCACCAAUAAUUACGGAGGUUAUGGAAAAAGCAUACGCACAAUGUUUGGAAAAUGAAUACAUUGGUGGUGUGGGAGGCUUGGAGUGCUUCAAAUGGCUCGCACACAGAUUGAGGCACACACAAAAGGCAACUGCAACAGCUGGCGCAUCAGGCAGGCGCAAGUGGCCAAUUGCGAAGCUCCACAUGGCGCGGCUGGAAGAUGCAGAUGGUAGGUGGGUAGCAAAUCGCGGAGCGCCAUUUGGUACGCUGGAAGCUGAAGGAGAGCAGGGCCAUGCAUGCGUUGACUGGGCAGAGCCACAAGCGUGA